UCAUAGCGUAGAGUGUAUGGAGCGCCGCUGUUUGAAUGCUCUGCGGAAACAGAGACAGCCUGGCAACCGAUUUGACGAGUGAACUAUUAGCGCAAUGCAGUUAGCUAGCUAGCUAAAGAAUUUAAUCGAUGUAAUUCAUACCGUUUGAGAAGAGGUAAACACAAAUUUUCAGUUGUGUGACACCGAUGAGCUAUUUAGUUAAUUUACGUUAGGUUUGUAAAUGAGCUAACGUUAAUGUGACUUGCUAACGUUAGCUAGCUAACUGCAUUGCAACUGAAACACGGAGCUAGUCAUUAGCUAGCUAGCUAGAUAGAUAAGCGCUUCAUAAUGUAAUGUUAGUCAAGUCGUUAAAAUCUCUUUGGGACUGAGUAACUUUGUAGUUCUUACUAUUGAGACUGCAAAUGGUAAACGGUUGUAGGUAUCAAGCGUCUUCUAAGUUAACGUUAAGCAGUUCAGAUCCACGUGAGGAUGACUUAGCUAGCUAGUUUACGUCAGAGGUGUGGAGAAAGUAAUAACGUUAAAGUUGGAAAGACUGGUCAAAACCGAUAUAACGUAACGUCCGGUCCUGUCAGAAGAGAGUGAACGAAUUGUUGCAAAGUGCAUUUGAAAGUAACCUUACAAGAGAGAAGUGUAAAAAUGAAAGUCAUGGAGAGAAAUGUGAUGCGUCUAGUGGCUGUGCAGCACCUCCGCGCAGCGUAUGGGAUAAAGACAAAAAACUGGAACAAAAACAAAGCCGCCAGCUGUAACGUUAAGUCAACAGCCAACAACUCGGCAAAGGUUUUCGGGGUAUCCCUGGAGAGCCUACCGUACUAUAAUAUGGAAUGCGGGAGCGUGCCAAGCUUCCUGGUCGACGCAUGUAUGAUACUGCUGGCACAUGUCGACACAGAGGGCCUGUUCAGAAAAUCGGGCUCUGUCAUUCGCCUGAAAGCACUCCGGGCAAAACUGGAUGCGGGUGAGGAGUGUCUGUCCAGCGCACUUCCCUGUGAUGUCGCCGGUCUGGUGAAGCAGUUCCUCAGGGAGCUGCCGGAGCCUGUGCUACCCACAGAGCUGCAGGAGACCUUCCUCAAGGCCCAGCAACUCCCCACCAUGGAGGAUAGGACCUCUGCCACAAUGCUGCUGUCUUGUGUACUACCCGACAGAAACUUAAGCACCCUGCGUCACUUUUUUGACUUCCUCCACAAUGUGUCUAUGAGGAGUGCAGAGAAUAAGAUGGAUAGCAGCAACUUGUCUGUAAUCUUGGCUCCCAACAUCCUUCAUGCUGGAGACUGUACAGAGAAGAUGAACGCCAACACUGAGAAACGCCUCAAGCUACAGGCAGCCAUAGUACACUGCUUCAUAGAGAAUGCCCACAACUUUGGUGUGUUACCACAGUUUCUUCUAGAGAAAGUUCCAGCCAUGAUGGGCUGUGAGGCGGGGGUUCUGUCCCCUACUCACGAUGGACUUGAGGAGCUGGACAUAAACUCAGGGACGAAGAAGAGACACAGGCGCAGCUUCGGAGAUAUGGUCAAUGGUGCUCUGAAUAAGAUAAAAACUAAUAGAACGCCCACAAAUGCCACCCAGUCAGAGAGUCUUGUCUUUUCCUCUGCAACUCCUGUGAUUGCAACACCAACCUCAAAGCGAAAACUUCCUUUGGAAUCUGGUUACUCUUUUGGAUUCUCAAACAAGAAACGUAGAUCUGUCAAAAAGACUCUUGGGAUAGAAUUACUUCCCAAUACUUUGUUCAGUGCAGCUUCCACUCCUGGAUCAGCUUACAGUGCCUCGGGGGUCUUGGACUCUUCCCAAAAUACCCUGUCAUCAGCAGGGAAGUCUAGAAGGCAGUCAUCGGUCUCUGCAAGGAGGAAGAGCCAACGACUUAGCAAGAGACAUGCUCUCAACAGAGUUGAAUCUGGAAGAGCUGGCUGCUUUUCUCCUAAAGUCGACAAAAAAGAAGCACCACGCAAAUCUCUGCGCUUGCGUUUUAGCCUGGGGAAGAGCAGCAAGGAGGCUGGAUCUGAGUCCAUUGGCUGGCGACUUGCCACUCAGGAGAGCACAACCAGUUUUCGUUUCACCAAAGAGACAGAGUUCAGUCCAUCAGUUCUGCCUAGAAAAGCUGAAACCAAAAGCUCCAGGUACAUCAGCAAGUCUGAAGACAAUUUGCUGACCCCCCAAUGUGACUCAAGUGCCCACCGGACCUCAUGGAGCGGGGAGACUCCCGUAGGAGCCCAGGCUUUCAGCGGAGGAUCUUUCACGGACACCCCCAUGCACAUGUGCUUAAAGAGCAACUACAUGUCUGAGCCAGCCAUCGUUGUAUCAAAGCCCCCAGCAGUGGCCAGCUUUCCCAAAAAGCUGUGUUGUGCUUCCAGUGCUGAGAGCCUAGAGAGCGAGGGCUCCGUCACUGAAGCCCAGAGUCAAACCGGCCCCACCCUGCUGAAAAUAAAGAAGGCCUUCACAGAGUCGGCCAGUGACCUCCAGGCCGUCACACAGGACAACUGCAACUCUGUCACUCCAUCACACAGCCUGCUAGUCCCUCCACCAGAGACUCCCACGGUCAAAGUUGUGUGUGUGGACACAGAUGCCUCCAGCUUCCCAACGCAGAAGAGCCUUCUGGCUAAUGAGCAGAACAUUACCUUUGGCCAGAUUGAAAUUGCCGCUCUAUCACCUUUGCAUAUUGACAGUGUAGUUUUUGAGUCUGGUGCAUACUGUACUCCAGCAGUACAGGCUGAUAAAGGCUCUUUCUGUGCUGCUCCCAUCAGUAGCUACAACAGCUCCAUGGUGGGAGAAAGUGAAACGGAGGCAGAGCAGGUGAACUGCAGCAGGUUGAUCGACGCUCUGGACAUCCAGAGUCCUGCUCUCUUCAAACUGGGUGUCUCCUCUGGGCUGCAGUCCACUCCAUACAAGCUGCGCCUUGAACUCAAGGAUGAGCUUGGUACAACUCCUAAAAUUGGUACUAUGGUCAGUGCGAUACAUGAAGAAAAUGAACCUUCCCCAGAGAGUGGUACCAAAGUCCAAAACCAGCAGCCCCUCUCACCACGCAGCCUGGAGACUGAAAGGCGUCGGGUGGCAGACCACAUUCAUCACUUCAACAAGCUCACCCUUCAUUCUCCCAGAGGCUCCAAGGCCGGACACAUCAGAUCACCGCUCAAGUUCCAGCGCACCCCCGUGCGUCAGACCAUCCGCAGGAUGAACUCUCUCCUGGGAGAGAGCAGGAGACCGACUCGAAAUGCAGAACUCGCCAUCAGCCAGAGCGGUCAGGUGGCGAGGGCAGUGAGCCUGGAGAGUGGCCUCUCCCCUCACCCACAGCUCCAGCCUUGCCAGGGGGAGGCACAAGUGGGGCUGUCCAACAGCAUUCGCCUCAUAAAGAAACCACCUCCAGUCCCACCCAAAAAGCACAGCACCUUGGCCCGUAAACUCAAUCCCUGUGCUUUGGCCGACAUGACCAACAAGGUCCAACCACAGACCAAAAUGAACUGUUCGGUCCCUGAUCCACCAGGAGCUCAGAAGCCUCUUGUGCAGCAGGUAGUAGAGAAGGACGUAAACCAUUACAGAGGUUCACCUAGAAACCCCCUCAACCAAGUGAGACUGCUGUCUGCCACCAAGCCUGUAGAUUUAUAGUUUAAAGUCUUUUGCCUUAUAUGUUUCCUCCUUACUAUGCAGGUCUCUGUCUGGUAGGACGACGUGACAUUAAACAUGGCCUCUUAUAUGAUCCA